UGUGAGAGGAGAAGACGGUGCAAGAACAGUUGCUGCGCUUUUUCUGGGUUUGAUUCAGUACUUGGACAGCUCCUAAGCGGCAUACCAGCCUGUGAGCGUGUGUCCAUGAGCGUGUAGAUUCAACUGGUUUUGUUUGGAGACAGAGAGUCGCAGAUGCAGCCCCCAUGUUCGCUCCAGCUUGGCCCCUGCGGCCCCUCUCCAUCCCAGGGAUCCCAGGUCAGCAAUGCCGGCCUCCAGCAGCUGGAAGAGAAGCAGCUCUUUGAGAAGUUUUGGAGAGGGACUUUCAAGGCUGUGGCCACACCGAGACCGGAGAGCGUCAUCGUGGCCAGCAUCACCGCCCGCAGGAGGGUGACCAACUUAGAAACAACAGCCUGCCUGCCGCUCAAGACGGAUGAGAGGAAACCGGCAGACACCAGGGUGGACAGCGCAGACAGAAAUGGCUGCAUCAAAGUAAAAGGACGUAAACACCACAGUCAUCGCAGGGCCAGGAGCCCCUCGUUUGAUGAGGAACUCUCCCCUCGGCCGAAGGGGAAGAAGAAGAAGAGAAAGUCCGAACGGAAGAGGAAAAGGAAAAGGUCUCCAUCUCACAGCCUGUCACCACUGAGGAAGAAGAAAAAGAAGAAGAAGAAGAGCUCCAAGAAAAGCAAGCGGCAUAGGUAUACCUCCAAAAAGUCCAAACACAGCUCUUCAAGUUUAAAACAUAAGAGGAAGGAUGAGCGCAAGCACAAGAAAAGUUCACGGACUCACUCACGGCGGAGACGACGCUAUCGGAGGUCAGAGUCGGAUAGUACUUCCUGCCAGUCUUCUACAGAGGACAGACACCAUCUGCAAAAAUCUGUGGUGCAUCAGGCGUUAGGAGACCUGGCAACUGUAGUAGAGGAAACCAAUGGAGUGCUUGACCACACGGACAUGAAGUGGAGACCUGCAACCAAAUCAGUGUGUAAAACGGCUCCAAAAUAUCGCUCCAUCCUCUCAACUGCCACCAUUUUGUCGUCAAAACCUGGAAGCGAGCUUUUACACGGAAAAGGGUCUCAGCCUUUAUCAAGCCAGACCGAAGGUCCACACGAUUACGAUUCUGGGAAUGACACAUCUUCACCGCCAUCAAGCAAAACUGGUGUUUCUCGGGCGAGUGUCACUGACAACAAGAGGAACCACUGUAAACGUCUGGCCUCGCCAGAGAAGCUGAAGUUCACUGACAGAGACAAUGUCUCUGAUUCAGGAAACUCUGUGACCAGCUAUGCUUCCUUGUGCAAACCUUACGGGGAGGACGGCUUGUCUGCAAACCUUUUCAGUAGAAACAGCAAGAGAGAGCAGGUAACCUUGGGGUGUCGGGUAGAGGUUGUGAGAUCUCCAAAGACUUCCAGAUGUACACAGAGGAUAAGCAAGUCGUCUCGAAGGCGACUGAAAACUCGGUCAUCGAGCAGCAGGAGCAGGAGUAGAUCUUCUGGGAGUUCCAGAUACUCCGGACGCUACUCUCGAAGCCUGUCACUGUCGUCUUGCAGCUCGUACUCACGCUCACCCAGUUAUUCAGCUGAUCUGAGGCGGCGAGGCAGCGUAGCCAGCCUCAGCUCCAGAGGAAGCUACUCCAGACACAGUGCUGAAAGACUACGAGACAGAAAGAGAAAACCUAGCUCCAGAGAGACAGAUGUGAAGCAUGCACAUAAGGUUAGUGGGAAGAGACGAAGCCGCAAAUCCUACUCUCCUAUGAAGAAAAGGAGGAGAGACUCACCAAGCCAUCUGGAAGCACGCCGAAUCACAAGUGCCAGGAAGCGACCCAUUCCUUACUUCCGUCCCAGUCCUUCCUCCAGCAGUCGGUCCACCAGCGUGUCAUCCUGGAGCAGCCUCUUCACCCGCAGCCGCAGCCGCAGCCCAAUCCACAGCAUCACCCAGAGCAGGAGCCGUAGCCGGAGCCACAGUUACUCCUCCUACAGGAGCUACAGCCGCAGUUCAUCCUGGAACUCAAUCUUUGGGACCCGCAGUCGCAGCAGGAGUCCUGGUUCGUUGAACAAACGCAACAAAACCAGGCAUUAGGUUUCUCAGAGAACAUUAAGGGACAGAGGAGCCAAUUGUGUUUCCAGUUGAGAGCAGGGACAGUGGAUGUUGGAGCAAUCGACUGUGUACGUCUCAAUGCUCUGCUUUGACGCUUGAAUGGAAAUGUCCCAGCAGGGGUCUCACCAAGUCUUUCAUUGAUGCAGUCUUGUUCACUCUGCCCACAGAGACCACUGGAGACAGAAUGUCUUUUUGUUUGUUUGUUUUGUUCUUGUACCGCAUCCUCUUGCAUCAGCACUCACAAUGGCCUGAGACUGUUCAUCUCUUAGAUAUUAACAAUAGGAACUGCACAUAAAACAGAAAUACUUUUCCUGUGUUUGGUCAACUAACAACACAUCAUGUUAAAUUAUUCAUUUAAAAGAAUGCUUUAAAAUGGUUUAACAACAGUUUUUUUUUUUUAAAUUGAUAGUUAAAUGGUGUAUAAUAAGGCCUGAGGGUACCGAAAAGAGUUUUGUUUUGGCAGAUGCACCAGAUAAACACUUUUAAAGACUCAUAGGACAUUGGACAUUUACUGUCCCAAGUCAGGUCUGAAUGUUGUAGAUUUUGCGCAGAGAAGUGAAGUAUUGAUGUAACAUUUGAGCCGUUUGAUCUUAGUAUUAACAAAUGGUUUCAAAGGGAUCGUUGUCAGGAAUAAGGAAAAGGUUUGUUGCUCUGAUCUCUGCACUUCACAAGGUGGAGAACAAAUGUGUUUCCUCAAAAAAAUGUAUCGGUGAGGGUGGCCUGACGGCGAGCAAACUGCCUGUCAGCUCAAAUGUCAAAUUAAUUUGUCCUUUGAUCAUGUGGAAAACAAUUGAAAUGUCAGUCUGUGUAAUACAACAGAGAGCGAUUGAAACAUUGUGCAGAAACAGGGAGGGGAAUUUCGUCUGACAAAAUCUACAGAGUCAGAGGAGGUAUUUUCCUUGAUAACUAAUGGCGAAUAAAACAAAUCCUGAAAAUUUUUGAGAAAAUGAUACUUUAAUGGUAAAUAUAAUGGACUUUUUAAAAUCUACUUUAAUGCUUAAAUUGUCAUCUUGGUCUGUCUGUACUUACGUAUGAGUCUCUGAAUUCUUAUUCAAUAUUUUUUAUUUCAAAAGAUGACAUAGAGAGAAAAGGCUGUACCUCAUUUGUUUGCAAAAUAGGUCUGAACUUAUGAAUAGCAUUGAGUCUCAGUUUACUUGAAUAAUGUUUUCUUGCUACAACACUGGAACCAAACAGAUACUGUAUGUCAACUAUUUUUUUGUACUUGAGUUAUAGUACAACGUAAGGUCAAACUUUGAAUUGUGCAGCAUCAUACAUAUUUAUUACUAUUUAAUAUUUAUUGGUUUGUUGUCCCUCUCAGUAGUGGUCAAUAUUUCUAUGCAACACUGUCAAUUUAAAAUUAUUAUGACACUGCUGUAAUUUAUUUUUGGUUUGUUGUAAAUUAUUCUUGGGUUUUGCCACUGUACUCACACAUAAACCUCAAAGGAGAAGCAAAUGUUCAAAAGACAAAAGAACAAAAACCGGGAUGGCAGAAAAGAUGCUUCCUGUCCAAUCUCUUAUUUUGGGUGCUUUUUUCAAAAGCAAAAUUUCAACAUUUUGGGAAAUACGCUACUCCCUUACCAAGAAUCAGAUAAAGAAGACUAAGACCAUUCAUGUCUGUCUGUUAAAUAUCAAGCUACAGCCAGCAGCUGGCUAACAAGCUUAACAUAAAGACUGGAA